GCGUGCGCAGGUGCAAGCGCGCGCAAAGCCCGGAAGUGGGGCUGUCUAGCCCGGCAGUUGCGGGCUAUGGAGGAUUUCCCGCCGAGUUGCGGGCCGGUUGGUGAGGAGCCGGCCGAGGAGGCCGAGGCCCAGGUGGCGGCCUGGAGCGGGGACAGCGGCAAUGUGUCGCAGAGCCACAGCAGCGCCUCGGGGCCGUGGGAGGACGAGGGUCCGGAGUCGGGCGCGCCGAGCCGGGACCCGCCGCUGCUGCGCCGCGCCGCCGCGGGCUACGCCUCCUGCCUGCUGCCCGGCGCGGGGGCGCGGCCCGAGAUCGAGGCGCUGGACGCGAGCUUGGAGGACCUGCUCACCAGGGUGGACGAGUUUGUGGGCAUGCUGGACAUGCUGCGCGGCGACUCCUCGCACGUAGUCGGCGAGGGCGUGCCUCUCAUUUACGCCAAAGCCACCGAGAUGCGGCGAGUCUACAGCAAGAUCGACCGGCUGGAGGCCUUCGUGGGCAUGGUCAGCGCCAGUGUGGCCAGGCUGGAGGAGCAGGUCGCCAGGGCGGAGGCCGAGCUGGGGACGUUCCCCAGUACGUUCAGGAAAUUGCUGCACACGAUUAACGUGCCCUCCUUUUUCCACAAGGCGCCCUCCGGCAGGUCCCAGCCGACCGGCUACGAACCCCCCGUCGUCUUUCGGACGGAAGACCACUUUCCCUGUUGCAGCGAAAGACCUCAGGUCUGAGUCUGCUGGACAGCGCUGCAAGAGGACAGGUCUGAAAUUAUCUCGACUGUUAAUCAGAUCAGUUGAAAUUCCUGUUACCGGACACCUCUGAUUUUGGAGUAUGGAAUUGUAAAGUUUGUUUUUUGCACACUUGAUUGCUCACUCUCCUCAUUUCACGUGGAAUGUAUGGUUUUCUGUGUCUUCCAGUUCAAACUUGAAACACGAAAGGUGCUUGGUGGGGGAAUCCCGGAAGCAAAAUGUAUGAAGUUCCUGCGCACUGUGGCAGAACUGUUACUUUUAGGCAUUUUACAGCUCAACUAACAGUAUUAUUACCUUUUCAACAUUUGUGUAUUUGCAAUACUCUUAGGAAAACUACUGAGCCCUUAAAGCCUUGUUAAUUGGAGCCUAACAACUUAUUGACCAGAGACGUAUUCAUACGUCUUUUGUUACCCAAACUAUUGCCUGGAGACAGUUCGAUAUUCUCUUACAGAACAAAGCAACGGCCACAGCUGUUAAUUUCUGCAAACGUCUUCCAAUCAGUAAAGUGCUGAUCGUGAUUCAGAUCUCUAGAGCAUACUUUAGGGUAAAUGGUUUCAGGACCCUAGUUCUCUGACCAGGGAUUGAAGAGCACAGGAACCACUUAGCACGUCAGGAGUACCUGGGACAUCGUCUCAUCCACCCCAGGACAGCCUUGGGCACCCAGGAGUCACCCUGGACACGCUCAUAAAAUUGGGUGCUGAUAAUUCACACAUAGCAAGUUCACACAUGUGAAAUGAGGCAGUAAGCACCUGUCGCUUAUCCUCCAAGCUAGAACUUUCAGGAAUAUGAGCCUUGGCCCAUAUCCUGGAGUCAGCAUGGUGUGGAGCUGCUGACUGAGCUAGGACAGGGGGCCACAGAGUCCUUAAAGGGCCAGUGAAGAGAAUUACAAGCCACCUGGUCUCACAACUACUCACUCCAUCCUUGUGCAAAAACAGCCAUGGACAACAUGUAAACAAACAUGCAAGCUGUAUGUAAUAAAUACACAAAUAAAUACAUAAGUAAAUAAAACUA